AUGGAUUAUACGUCACAAAUAGGUCGUGUAAACGGUGACGUAAUGACCCAAGCCCACGAACCACUGAACAUAAUGGAUAACACACCUGCAAACUACUCAACAAAAACGAAACGAGGCAUUUACCUAUCAAAGUACCUCGCUAUAAUAAUCUUGGUUAUAUUUGCGUUAGCUCUCGUCACAGCCUCACUUUUAGUCUAUAAUUACGCAGCAUGUCCAAGACAGGACCAGCUGGCGAAUGUCACAAAAUACGAACUAUGUCACUGUGAUCAAACAAAAUUGCUAGUUCUCCCUCUUACUACGGAUAGCAGUCGAAGUGUUAUUCCUAUUGAAACAACCACAGUGGCAUCAGUCCCUAACGUUCUAGAUCUAAGGUUACCAACAAACGUAAAACCAGAAAAAUACUAUCUGAAAAUUACACCAUACAUCUAUGAUGGUAAUUUUACGUUUGAUGGAGAAGUAAGCAUCGUCAUAAUAGCAGUAAAUGAGACGAAAGAGAUCACCUUCCAUGGUGUAGAAUUAACUAUACACGAUAUAAAAAUCUACGGAAAAGAAGACGAACAACUAAUAGAAGUUGUUAAAAGAGUUGAAGACGCACCUCGUCACUUCCAAGUAUUAAGUUUAGGAAGUGCUUUAGAGGUUGGGAAAGAAUAUGUCUUAAAUAUUUCUUACACUGGAAUAUUGAAUGAUAAUCUCCACGGAUUUUAUAGAAGUUCAUAUAAAGAUGAAGGAAUAACAAAAUGGAUAGCUGUGACCCAGUUCCAGGCGAUGGAUGCACGCCGCGCGUUCCCAUGCUGGGACGAGCCAGCCCUUAAGGCACGAUUCACUAUUAGUAUUGCAAGACCUAACAAUAUGACGUCAUUAUCUAAUAUGAACAUCGUGAAGAAUGAGCCACACAGUGUUCUAUCCAAUUACACGUGGGAUCACUACGCCGAAUCUCUGCCGAUGUCAACGUACCUAGUAGCAUUCACAGUGACGGACUUUAAGAACAUGACUAAUGACAAUUUCUCUGUAUGGGCAAGGAGUAAGGCUCUUCCAUCUGCAGCUUUCGCCUUGGAGAUAGGGCCCAAGAUUUUAAAAUUCUUAGAAGAGUACUACAAGAUAAAGUUUCCACUACCCAAGAUUGAUAUGAUUGCCUUGCCUGAUUUCAAAAAUGGUGCUAUGGAGAAUUGGGGACUGCUUACUUUUAGAGAGAUAGCGAUGCUCUACGAAGAAGGUGUAUCAGCAAGUACCGAUAAAGUCCACGUUGCAACUGUUGUGGCUCACGAGAUUGCUCACCAGUGGUUCGGUAACCUUGUCACACCUUCGUGGUGGAGGGACCUAUGGCUGAAUGAAGGGUUUGCUACGUAUGUCGAGUAUGUAGCCGUUGAUGCUGUGGAAAAGUCCUGGAACAUAACAGAGAUCUGCAUCCUGGACCAAGUACACAACGUGUUCCAACUUGACGCUUUAAACUCCUCGCACCAACUGUCAGUGGAUGUUAGUGCUUCGGAAGAGACUGAUGCUAUAUUUGACAAGAUUUCGUACGGAAAAGGCUCAGCCCUUCUACGCAUGUUAAACCACAUACUAACCUCCGACGUAUUCAAUGCUGGAGUGACCAACUAUCUAAACUCCAAAAUGUAUGGGAAUGCAGAGCAGCGUGAUCUGUGGAGCGCUUUGACCACAGCAGCUAGGAAGUCGGGCGACUUUGAUGCUGAUGUGGCUGUCGUCAUGGACUCUUGGACCUUGCAAACUGGUUUCCCGGUGCUCACUGUGACAAGGAAUUAUGAGAACGGAAGCGUUGUAUUUACUCAGGAACGCUUCGUCUUGAUCAAUGGCACGUUUACAAAUAAGAAAUCUCCAUUAUGGUGGAUUCCAGUCUCAUACACGACGGCAUCAGAAAAAGACUUCAUGUCCACCAGCCCAAAGCUAUGGUUGAAAGGAGAAAAAACAUUGAAAGUUGACAACAUCGACAUGAAAAAAGAUGACUGGUUUAUCGCAAAUAUUCAGCAGACAGGCUUUUACCGCGUUAACUACGAUAAGACUAACUGGGAGUAUCUUAUUAAGAUUUUGAAAGACCCAACCCGUUUCCAAGAAAUCCACACCAUCAACCGAGCCCAAAUGAUUGAUGACGCUAUGAAUCUGGCUCUCACUGGAAGGCUAGACUACGUGACUGCUCUAAAUGUCACUAGUUACCUGGCUCAUGAGAGGAGUUAUGUGCCUUGGAAAGCUGGACUAUCAGCAUUAGGAUAUAUAGAUACGAUGCUGUCGAAAGGAGCCAAUUAUCUAGAGUACGGGAAUUACGUUCUCCGACUUCUGAGCGAAGCAGUAAAAGAAGUGGGAUGGAAAGUGAAUCCUAAUGAAAGUGUGAUCACCUCACAGUACAGAGUAGAUCUGUUGGCUUCAGCCUGCCACUUCGAGCAUCCUGACUGUUUGGAGAAUGCCGUGCGAAUGUUCACCAAUUGGGUUUUGGCUCCAAACCCAGAUGCCUAUAAUGAAAUCCACGUUGAUGUUCGUACCAUAGUGUACUGUGUAGGUGUUCGAGCAGGCGGUGCACGUGAAUGGAACUUUGCGUGGGACCGUUUCAAAGUCGCUACUGCACCCUCUGAACGUCACAGGCUACUCUCUGUAUUGGGAUGCACGCGGUCUCCGUCAUUGCUGCAUAGGUAUCUAGAAAUGUCACUACGCAACGACAGCGGUAUCCGCAAGCAAGAUAUUGUCCGUGUAUUUUCAGCUGUAGCAAGCACCGCCAUUGGACAACCCAUUGCCUUCAACUUUAUAAGAGCUAACUGGCCGAGGAUGAGAUCUUUUGUGAGUUCGCUGUCAACUUUGAACCUGAUCUUGAAAGUGGUGACGAGACGUUUGAAUCAAGCCCACGAAUACGAUGAGCUACAAAGGUUUGUAACAGAAUCCUGCAGCGAUCUGGGACGUCCAGUUCAGCAAGUGUUAGAAACAAUAUCAUCUAAUGUUCAAUGGAGAGAGCGAAAUUACCAAACCAUCGUCGACUGGCUCCUCGCAGCAGAAAAGAUUAGUUAA